CUCAGAAGGAACUCUCAGCCCAUGUUGGCGCGUGCGAAGUGUGUCAAUACAAGAAUUGGAUUUUUUUUUAGGAAAUAUUAGCCGUUGAAAAUAACCGAUCGCUGAGAAAAUGGUCGUAAUAGGAAAGAAAAAGUACCAAUCCGGUGAGGGUGCUCAAUUUUUAUCACGAAGAUCAGCUUUGAAGAAGCUCCAACUUUCACUGAAAGACUUUCGGAAACUAUGCAUAUUGAAAGGAAUUUAUCCCCGAGAACCUCGUAACAGAAAGCGAGCCCAACAUGGUGAUUCAAGUAUCAAAACUUUAUACCACAAAAAAGACAUACAAUUCCUAAUGCACGAGCCUAUAAUAUGGAAAUUUCGAGAAUUUAAGAUAUUCAACCGAAAAGUCGGCCGAGCUAAAGCAAUGAGAGAAUUUGGUGCUUUGAGACGGUAUUUAAAUAAUCAUCCGCAGCUGAAGCUAGAUCACAUUGUAAAAGAACGUUACCCAACAUUCAUAGAUGCAUUGAGAGAUCUUGAUGAUUGUCUCACGCUAUGUUUCUUGUUUAGCACAUUUCCUUCUAUAGCUCACGUGCCACGGGAGCAUUCUCUUUUAUGCAGGAGAUUAACCGUUGAGUUCUUGCACGCCAUUAUAGCAGCUAAAGCACUUCGAAAAGUUUUUGUCUCGAUCAAAGGCUUUUACUACCAAGCUGAAAUCAAGGGGCAAACGAUCACAUGGAUAGUUCCACACCAUUUCUCUUUCGAACCACAGUCCAAAAAUGAAGUUGACUUCAAAGUGAUGUCAACGUUCGUUGAGUUUUACGUUGUUAUGUUGGGUUUCGUCAACUUCAAGCUGUAUCAUGACUUGAAUAUGUUUUAUCCACCAAAAUUCAACAGUCCAGGAAGCACCGACACUAAAUUAGUGGAUGAAGAAGCAUAUGUGUCCGAAAGAAUCGCUGCAUUGAACUUGCCGUUGUCCAGUGUUAGCAAUGCAACUUCAGCACCAGAAGAAGAACUGGAAACGGAUCAAUUUCCAACAGAGGCUGACCCUUCUCAAAUUGAAUUAUCAAGAAUUGAAGUGGAAAAAGUGAAGAAACUGAAAACACUAUUCAAAGGUUUAAAGUUCUUUGUGAACAGAGAAGUCCCCAGAGAACCCCUUGUAUUUGUAUUGAGGUGUUUUGGCGGCGAAGUAUCUUGGGAUAAAAUGCUAUUUGUAGGUUCCACCUUCGACGAGAGUAAUGAAAGUAUUACGCAUCAAAUUGUCGACAGGCCAAGCAUGACAAAGCAAUAUAUCUCCAGGUAUUAUGUUCAACCUCAAUGGGUGUUUGAUUCGGUAAAUGCUAGAGAACUUUUACCUGUGGAGAAUUAUCUAAUGGGCAGUGUGCUUCCUCCGCAUCUUUCGCCAUUUACAGACAUGCUGCGGGAUCAAACGUAUAUCCCACCUGAACAACGCGCUUUACUCGAUCCAGAAUUUAAAGUGAAAACAGCUAAAGAUGAUAGUGAAGAAUCGGAAGCAGAAGAGGAAGCAAACGAUCAACCAGAGAUAGAACAAACAGAACCGAUUCCUGAAGGUGAAAGUGAAGAGGCCACAGAGAAUGAUAUCUCAGAGGAUGAACUUGAAAUCACUGAAACAAAAACGGAUGACAGCCAAACAGAGCAAGAGAGAUUGAAAAAGAAAAAGGGAAUGGCGGUGCAACAGGGCCAGUUGACUAGGGAAAAUCCAUGGGAGAAGAACCGUAUUGAGAAACAGGAAUACCGUCUUAGAGAGAAAAUGAUAAAAAAGAAACAUAGGAAUUUGUACAAGAGUAUGAUGCAGGGAAAAGAAGACAGAGCAAAAGAAAUCUGGUUACUUAGGAAAAAACGACGCAUUCACGAUUCUACAGAAAAAGAGAAACGUAAACAAAUACGGAAAGAGAAGAAAGUUAAACAAGUGGCAUGAAUUCGAUCGGAAAAAUCCAUACGUCUCAUUGUAAGGAAAGAACGGCAAUAAGUACAAUUAUGCAAAUUAGCUAUUAUAGUGUUACCGGAAUACAAUUCCAUGUUCACACUUAAACUCGAACUGUAUGCAGUUUCAUAUGUGACCAUAACGACACAUAUACGGAUGUAACACUUUAUGAUAGCUAAAAUAAAGAUUCUUUUGAAUUGCACUGUACUGAUGAGAACAAGAUAUUUCACGCAAAGCGAAUCAGCCACACCUCGAAUAUUUUUAUAAUUUUGCUAUUUA